GCCGGGGGGACGCGGGGCCAUGGACGAGGCCGAGCCGAGCGAGCGCAGCCCUUUGCUGAGCAGCGGCGAGCGCGGGCGCGCCGCCAGCAGCGCCUUCCAGGGCCGGCGGCUGGCCUGCGCCGCCGUGCUGCUGGCCGAGCUGCUGGAGCGAGUGGCCUUCUACGGCAUCACCUCCAACCUGGUGCUGUUCCUCAACGGGCCGCCCUACGGCUGGGAGGGCGCCCAGGCCAGCCAGGCGCUGCUGCUCUUCAUGGGCAUCACCUACCUGGUGUCGCCCUUCGGGGGCUGGCUGGCCGACGCGCUGCUGGGCAAGUUCGGCACCAUCCUGCUGAGCAUGGCGCUGUACCUGCUGGGCAUGCUGGCCUUCCCCGUCAUCGCCGCGCCGCACACCCGCCAGGGCCUGUGCGGGGACAUCCCGCUGUUCCCCGUGGAGAACUGCUCCUCGCCGGCGGCCAACGCCACCCUGGCGCCCUGCUCCCAGGCGGGAGCCACCCGCUACUGCGCCACCGCCACCUUCGUGGGACUGGUCCUCGUGGGGCUGGGCGUCGGCUCGGUCAAGGCCAACAUCACCCCGUUCGGGGCAGACCAGGUCAAAGACCGGGGUCCAGAGGCCACAAGAAGAUUUUUUAAUUGGUUUUAUUGGAGCAUUAAUUUGGGAGCUAUCCUCUCCCUGGGAGGCAUUGCAUACAUCCAGCAGAACGUGAGCUUUGUGAUUGGAUACAGCAUCCCAACAGUCUGCAUUGGGAUUUCAUUCAUGGUUUUCUUGUGUGGGCAGAGCUUCUUCAUCACCAAACCUCCUGAUGGUAGUGCCUUCACAGACAUGUUCAAAAUUCUCACAUACUCCUGUUGCUCCAAGAAGAGCCACGGGGAACAUUCAGCAAACAGUGAAGGCCAGGGAGUGCUGCACCCGCCUCGCAAGCAAAGCCUCUUUGAGAUGGCCAAGCUGUCUCGGGGGGGCCCCUUCAGAGAAGAUAAAGUAGAAGAUGUAAAAGCUCUGGUCAAGAUUAUCCCUGUCUUUCUGGCUUUAAUACCUUACUGGACAGUGUAUUUUCAAAUGCAGACAACAUAUGUACUACAAAGUCUCCAUCUGAAAAUUCCUGAGAUAUCAAAUGACACCAACUCCAUCCACACGUUUCCAGCAGCCUGGCUGACCAUGUUUGAUGCAGUGCUUAUCCUGAUCCUAAUACCCUUGAAGGACAAGCUGGUGGACCCCAUUUUGAAGAGGAAUGGCUUGCUGCCAUCCUCACUGAAGAGGAUUGCAGUUGGAAUGUUCUUUGUGAUGUGCUCUGCCUUUGCUGCAGGAAUUCUGGAAAGCAACAGACUGAAAAUUGUAAAGGUUAAAACAAUUAACCAGACAAUUGGGAAUGUUACAUACCAUGCUGCAGAUUUGCCAAUCUGGUGGCAGAUUCCUCAAUAUGUGCUGAUUGGAUUCAGUGAAAUAUUUGCAAGUAUAGCAGGUCUAGAAUUUGCAUAUUCAGCUGCUCCCAAAUCUAUGCAGAGUGCCAUUAUGGGGCUGUUCUUUUUCUUUUCGGGGAUUGGGUCCUUUGUUGGCUCUGGACUGUUGGCACUGGUGUCUAUUAAAGAGAUUGGCUGGAUGAGUAAUCACACAGACUUUGGUAAUAUUAAUGGCUGCCAAUUAAACUAUUACUUCUUCCUGCUGGCUGCCAUCCAAGGAGCCACCCUGCUGCUGUUCCUGAUCGUUUCUGUGAAAUACGAGCGCCACAGGUGCCGGGGGGGCGAGGUGGCGGCCAACGGGAGGCUGUGAGCCCCGAGGGAGGGGCAGGGCCGGGGGCUGC